CUGAACACUUGCACUGUCCUGAGGGCUGUUCCUGGUUCCCGUGAACUGUUGGUGGGGUACGUUUGCCAAGUUCGUCAAAGGAAAGAAGAGACUCUUCUUCUGGCCAAGACAAAAGACACACAAGCCACUCAAGAAACAUCGACAGCUCUGCAGAGUCAAGUUCCUGAGCAGGAAGAUAAAAUGGAGAAAGACACCUCAAGAGAAACUACAUAUGGCAACCUCUCAAGGGUACACCACUCUUCAGUACGUUUCCCAAGUACUGAAAAUUCCUAUAGCACAGCACAGCCAUUUUCACUGUCAUCAACCAGUGAAACACCUCUCUGUUGCUAUCUUUCUAACUUUGAGAUUACUGGAAUGGCUAUAGCAAGGGGAUCAAAGUCUUCUAAAUCAGUUACAGGGGACCAAUCAGAAAGCACCUUGGAAAAAGUCAGCAGCUUCAUAGCUCCAAAGAAAAAGACUCCGCUCAUCCCUCCCUCAGAGCCAGCUGUGAUAGGGGAAGGGGAGGAUUACUUCCUGUCUUUGUUUGAUGAUUCAAAGAAACCUAUUGCACACUCAUUCAAUACCAAGAAAAUUUGGAAGCACUUUUCUAUGAUUCUUGAAGAAGUGGGCUCAUCUAGAUCCAGUGCUUUUGGAGACAUUAAAAUAGCAGAAGUGAAUGAUUUAUUUGUGAAGCUCAUUAACUCUUCCCUUAACAAAGAACUGGAGAUUGGAAAUCACAUUCUCCAGCAAAAUAUGAAUGGAAAACCAGACUCUCUGUACCAUUUCCCUCCCAAUAUCACAAUUCAUGCCAAUUCCACAGUAACAGUCUGGACAGCAGCAUCUGACAGAAAGCAUCAGCCACCAUCAGAUUUUCUUUGGAAGGAAAAAGACAAGUUUACAACAAGCCCAAAUUGUACAACCAUCCUGUGCAAACCUAAUGGUGAGAGAAAAAGAAAUCCCACCAACUCUUUUCAUGAAUCGGAGCCCUUGGUGCCACAGUCCCAAUAACCCUGUACAUCCCCACUGUCCUCACAUUGAACCUCACAAUCCCAGCAUGGAUAGAAGCCAUUUAAAAAGUCUUCCCAGGCCUCAGUCAGCCAUGCCUA